AUGGCCCCUGGGGUACAUUCGUCAGUGGCCCCCGAGGCAGAGGGGCCAAUGAACCCCUGGGUGCAGAUGGCCAUGGACCACGGGUUGCCUUUACCAAUGACUCCCAGGAUACAGUCGGAAAUUGCCCCCAAGGCACAGUCGGCGGUGGCCCCCGAGGCACGGUCGGCGGUGGCCCCCGAGGCACGGUCGGCGGAGGCCCCCGAGGCACGGUCGGCGGAGGCCCCCGAGGCACGGUCGGCGGAGGCCCCCGAGGCACGGUCGGCGGAGGCCCCCGAGGCACGGUCGGCGGUGGCCCCCGAGGCACGGUCGGCGGUGGCCCCCGAGGCACAGUGGUUAAUGAAUCCCUGGAUACAAAUGGAAAUUGCCCGCAGAUUACAGCUGUCAAAAAUGAAUCCCUGGGUACAAUCGUCAGUGGCUCAUGGAAUGCAGUCGUCAGUGGCUCAUGGAAUGCAGUCGUCAGUGGCUCAUGGAAUGCAGUCGUCAGUGGCUCAUGAAAUGCAGUCGUCAGUGGCUCACGAGAUGCAGUCGUCAGUGGCUCAUGAAAUGCAGUCAACGGCCCCCAGGGUACAGUCACCAGUGGCUCCUGAAAUACAGUUGUCAGCGGCCAAUGAAAUACAGUCCAGGGCCCCCAGGAUACAGUCUGCAAUGAUUCCUGGGUCGCAUUCGUCAGUAGUCCCCGGGACACCGCUAUCAAAGCACCCCAAGGCGCGGUGGUUAAGUUUCUACAGGGCGGAGUUGUCGGUGUCCUCCGGGGCGGGGUCGUCGGUGUCCUCCGGGGCGGGGUCGUCGGUGUCCUCCGGGGCGGGGUCGUCGGUGUCCUCCGGGGCGGGGUCGUCGUGUCCUCCCGGGGCGGGUCCUCGAUGUCCUCCGGGGCGGGGUCCUCGAUGUCCUCCGGGGCGGGGUCCUCGAUGUCCUCCGGGGCGGGGUCCUCGAUGUACUCCGGGGCGGGGUCGUCGAUGUCCUCCGAGGCGUGGUCGUCGAUGUCCUCCGAGGCGUGGUCGUCGAUGUACCCCGAGGCGGAGUUCGGCACUUCCCAGCUAA